AUGGCCUCCCCAAUAUCAACGUUGUUGUAUGCCGAGGGCAACGCAUCUGGGAACAACGAGCCCGACCUUACGGCCACCGACGAUGCCGUCGAUCGAGAGCCCUCGCCAGGGCCGGCACCAAACGGUCGCGAGACGCCCUCGCAAGCCCUUUCUCAGCAGGAGCCGGCACCGGAGCCGGCACCAACUGCCGCCGCCACCGCCGCUGGCACCAAGCGGAAACGCCCUGCUACGGAUCCCAACAAGAAAACAGUGCGGUUUUCGUGGAACACCCAGCAAACCGCUGCUGUCAUGGGGUGGCUCCUCGUGGCAAGGCAGGAAGGGCUUCUCGCCGUACAAAAGAGGGCACACUUGGCCGUGGCGUGGCGACGCAAAAGCGGCCGCAGUUACGAUACCGAGACGGGCGUCGUUCAAGGCGUUGAUACUACCAGUGCGGAAUGGAAGAAGUUUGCUGCCCACGUUAAAGGAACCGCCGUGGCGUGGAUCGCACUGGGCCAGCCGCUGGGGAAAGUAAGCACUUACCAAGCGCUGUGGGUAACGGAUAGGGCCAAAGGCGACCAUAUCCAAGAGUCCGCCGGUGACGCCGUCAUCCCGCCUGCAGCUGGGCUUGAUCCCUUUGCUGACGGGAUGCCUCCUCUACGGCCGCCGCCGCCGCCUCUGGCGGAAAGCAUCGUUAACGCGGACGUGGAUGACGACGAGGAGAACGACGGCGAGGCGGAGGAGGGCGGCGAAGGAGGUGGGGAUAAAGGCGAAACGGCCGAAGCGCGGCGGCGGAGGGAAACUGAUCCGGAUUUAAAUCCGGUAUUUUCUGUUACGGGCGUUACGGCCCCGGGCCUAAGUGCGGGCAUUGCGGCAGGCGUCGCCGUCGCCAACAGUCUCGCGAGUAUCGCUGCCGCUAUGGUAGCUGGGAACAAGGACGGCGCACUUACUGCUGCCGCCGCUGACCUCCGUCAGCGGUAUCAAGAGACGCGGCCGCCGCGCGAGAUCCUCCGGGCUUGCAAGCGGCUACGUGACGACGGCAACGUGGCUCUCUGGAAUGCCAUGGUGUAA